AUGUCUAAGUUAGACGAAGGAGCAGAUGCAUCCGAAUUAUUGGCUUCUUUGAGUCUUGCCAAAGAUUCUGUAAAGGAAGAACCAAAGGAAGAACCAAAGGAAGAACCAAAGGAAGAACCAAAGGAAGAAACUAAGGAAGAUACUAAGGAAGAACCAAAGGAAGAACCAAAGGAAGAAACUAAGGAGGAAACUAAGGAAGAACCAAAGGAAGAAUCAACCACCGAAUCCAAAGAAAAAGCUCACACUGAAUUAAACCUUAUCAAGUCAAGCUAUGAAGUUAAAGUCAAGUUGGCAGACAUGCAAGCCGAUCCAAACUCUCCGCUUUUCUCGGUUAAGUCCUUUGAAGAACUUGGAUUGAGGCCAGAGUUAUUGAAAGGUUUGUACGCCAUGAAGUUUAACAAACCAUCAAAGAUUCAAGAAAAGGCCUUGCCAUUGUUGAUUUCUAACCCACCACAAAACAUGAUCGGUCAAUCACAAUCUGGUACUGGUAAAACUGCAGCCUUCUCGUUGACCAUGUUGACCCGUGUAGAUGAAAACCUUCCAAUGACACAAUGUAUCUGUUUGUCUCCAGCCAGAGAAUUGGCCAGACAAACUUAUGAAGUGAUCACCACCAUGGGUAAGUUUACCAACAUUACCACACAACUUGCAGUACCUGAUUCGUUGCCAAAGGGUACUAGCACCAACGCACAAAUCUUGGUCGGUACUCCAGGAACUGUCACAGACUUGAUCAGAAAGAAGCUCAUCAAUGUGAGCAAGGUUAAGGUUUUCGUCUUGGAUGAAGCCGAUAACAUGUUGGAUGCUCAAGGGUUGGGUGAUCAAUGUGUUCGUGCCAAGAGACUCCUUCCAAAGAACACCCAAUUGGUUCUUUUCUCUGCCACUUUCCCUGAUAAGGUUCGUCAAUACGCUGAGAAGUUCGUUCCAAAUGCCAACUCUAUGGAGUUGAAACAAGAAGAAUUAAACGUUGAUGGAAUCAAACAAUUAUACAUGGACUGUGACUCUGAAGCUCACAAGUUUGAAGUGUUGACUGAAUUAUAUGGUUUGCUUACCAUUGGUUCGUCCAUUAUCUUUGUCAAGACCAGAAAGACUGCCGACAUGUUGUACGCCAAAAUGAAGCAUGAAGGUCAUGCCUGUUCCAUUUUACACGGUCAAUUGGAAAGUUUCGAAAGAGAUAGAUUGAUUGACGACUUCCGUGAAGGUAGAUCCAAGGUUUUGAUCACCACCAACGUCUUGGCUAGAGGUAUCGAUAUCGCCAGUGUUUCCAUGGUCAUCAACUACGACUUGCCUGUGGACCAAAACAACCGUGCUGACCCUUCGACAUACUUGCACAGAAUAGGAAGAACCGGUAGAUUCGGUAGAGUUGGUGUUUCCAUUUCCUUGGUCCAUGACAAGAAAUCAUACGAUGUUUUGACCCAAAUCCGUGAGUAUUUUGGUAACAUUGAAAUGACCAGACUCCCAACCGAUGAUUGGGAUGAAGUUGAAAAAAUUGUGAAGAAGGCGAUCAAGAACUAA